AUGGCCCCUAAGUUGCCGCAGUUCGACAAUUCCAAAUAUGCCGUUGGAUGGAUAGCCGCCUUACCCCAUGAAAGGGCCGCUGCUGAGGCAAUGCUGGAUGAGGAGCAUGCACCACCGCAGCACAAACACAUGAAUGACCAUAAUAUAUACACGCUAGGCUCCAUAAAUGGCCCAAAUGGCAAGCACAAUGUGGUUAUUACCAGCCUCCCGCCCGGCAGAUACGGGACAACGCCUGCUGCCACCGCUGCCACACAGAUGCUCUCCAGUUUCACAGCCGUCAAAUUCGGAUUAAUGGUAGGGAUUGGUGGUGGUAUACCGAGCACUGACAACGACAUAAGACUUGGCGACAUUGUGGUUAGCAAACCCGAAGGCACCUUUGGAGGUGUUAGACAGUAUGACUGCGGAAAAGCUACAGUUCAUGGCUUUGAGGAGCGUGGCGCAUUAAACUCCCCGCCACGGGUCUUGCUCAACGCUAUGGGCGCACUUCAAGCAAAACAUGAAAAAAAAGGGAGCACUGUGCCUGCCAUAUUGGAGGCUAUGUACAAGGACUAUCCAUUGAUGGCGAAACCGCGACACAGGCCGGGUUACAUCUACCAAGGGCCAAAUCGUGAUCGGCUAUUCCAGCCAGAUUAUGAACAUGAAGCCAGCAAGAAAGAUUGUAGCGAUUGCAACACUGAGAAAGAGGUGGUACGCCCAGAGCGACCUGACCAAUACCCCUAUAUCCACUACGGCACGAUUGCAUCUGGGGACCAGGUCAUCAAGGACGCACGAAAACGGGAUCAGAUGGCAAAUAACUGCCUGUCUACAGCAGCCGCAUAUGCGAAGGAACUUCUCCAGAUUACCAACGCUGCAGAUAUCCAGAGCACACCAGAGGCGCGAGUGUUUAUACGUAAAGAUAUAGUGCAGGAAAUCGAGUCAGUUACCAAAAGACUGGCGAUGGAUCAAAAGAAACAGCAUCUAGAUCAAAAGCAGCGAGAUGUCUUCAAAUGGAUGUCUCCACUCAACCCAUGGGCUCGACACGUCGAAAACCAAAAGUCCAGGGCUGUCGGCACGGGUGCAUGGCUGUUUGAGGACCCCAAGUUCCUUGGUUGGUUCUCACAGAAAGGGCAGUGUCAAACGCUAUGCUGCUACGGAGAUCCAGGAGCAGGCAAAACAAUUAUCACGUCAAAUGUGAUUGAUAAUUUGGAAAAACAAAUCGCCCAGCACACGGGGCUGGCAUAUAUUUACUGCGAUUACCGUGAUCAGAAAGAGCAAACCACAGAAAAUAUCCUUGGCGCAAUUCUGAAACAACUAUUAGCCCUUCUAGCAGAAAUACCCGAAGCUGUUUGGAAACUGUAUGAAGAACGGGUCCGUCAAGGGAAGCCAUUGAGCUUGACUGAUACAGUUGAUCUCCUCCGCAUUACCUGCGCGCAAUUUACCACGGCAUAUAUUUGCCUGGACGCACUUGACGAACUCAGAGACUUGCAAAGACUUUUACAGUCUUUGCGUGACAGGGCUUCUUCCUUGAAGAUAUUCAUUACUGGCCGGCCCCAGGUUCGGGAGACUAUCCAGCAAUACUUCAAAGAAGCGCAGAUUAUCCCUAUUAAGGCUCACGAAAGCGAUAUUCGACUAUAUAUUGAACAUGCGAUAGGUGGACCUGAUGAUAAAGAACCUGACGCAAUGGAUGACGAGCUCAGAAGAGCCAUCCUAAAGAGAGUUGUUGACUCAGCUGAGAACAUGUUAGUUACUUUGGACAUGCCCGGCAGUACUUUGGCACCAAUGCUGACUACGGAUUAG